ACUACACUGCGAUUUCACCGUGCGUUCAGUUUUAUUUACUUUGGCUUCAACUUCGGUACGUCGCAUGUUGUUAACAGAAAACAGCGUAGUUACGUUAAAAAUAUUUAAGAAACUAAACAAAAGGCGUAAUAGAAAACACACCCAUGUUAUUUACAAAAACAGGGUACUUUACGGCGAGUUCCAUCGUCUGUAUUUGCAGUUGCGUGAGGAUGAAACAGCGUAUUUUAGCAAUUUCAUUUCGGCAACUGGCAUUCACAUUCCGUAUAUCGAAAUCAUCAGUUGCAUGCAUAGUUAUGGAGGUUUGCAAAGCCAUUUGACAAUCAUUUUGUCAGGUACAUAUGCCUGUACCAACAAUUGA